UGUGCACCAGUCUCGCAGCUAUGCUAGCUAAGUUAGCUGUAGCAUUAGCUUGUUAGCACGGAUUUGCUACUGAUUUUCGGAUGACGCGGCGACCAACAUUUUUAACUAUUUCAAGUUUGAUUCGUUCGAGCUACUACCUCUUAACAAUGAGCCACUGUGUUGCCACUGUUGGGUUGUUAAAAAGGACUGCUUUAAGCAGCUGAUAGCUGAUAUUGGAGUAGCCAGACUCAUGUCCGAGAUUUGGGUGUGAACAACUUGGGACACAAUGUCUCUCUUACUGAUAUCCUUCCUGCUCAUACUUCUCUGUGGGAUUGUCUUGUUAUGUGUCAUUUUCAGAUGGCUCAUAUGCACCCUGGCUGUGCGAUUCUUCCAUACUGCACUGAAUGCUGAUCUAAAGAUCAAAUCAGUCGGGCUGUUUUCUGUCCAAGGAGUCAGUAUCCAGUUUCACCCCCAGCAUACUCUGGAAAUUGACAGAAUAUGGAUUUCAAGUAAACUUCUAAACCAGGAUUUGCCGAGAUACCUGGCGUUGUGUGUUGGUGAAACCAGAGUUAGGUUUGACUUGCAAGCACCACUCCGACCUUUGGUGAAGACGAGCCAUGGAAAAAAGUCUGGGAAGCUUUCAGUCAGCCCCACAACGCUACGCUUCCUGUCCCAACUGCUGUCGUUCCACGUCAGCUCGAUCAAUGUGAUGGUGCUGAACCUGGCUCUGUCAGAGUCUCUGUGGCAUAUGACCGUUACAGGCAUCACCUUGUUACUUGACCACCAGAGUAAAAGGCUGGCGUGGGACUUCUCAGUUGGGCAGCUGAGCAGUAAAGUGCUUAAAAGCAGUCAGCUGGAUAUAUGUUUGGCUGAAGUGGCUCUGAGCCUGCUGCUCUCCGGAGAUGUGAGCCUGCCUGAGAUGAAGCCGGGUUGUCUGUCCCUGAGCGUGAGGACGCUUAUAGCAGAGCUGCACGAGGGACUUUUUCUCAGCCAACUCUUAUUGCCCCUGUCCCCAAAAAAGAACAUUCAGGAUGAAUCUGAGUGUGAAAACACUGACUUCAUCCAGACUGAGACUGUGGAACGGUUUCAUCGGCUGAUUCCCCACAAGGUCAAUGUGGAAUUUGAUAAUACAAAUGUAACCCUGUCCAUGCACAGCCAGAAAAGACACCUGAACUGGACUCUGAAGUCUUUAAAAGUCUGCUAUGGACGUGACGACGAGCAGCUUCCUCUUAAAAGCUUCACUCCUGAGCUGAGCUUUCCCCAGAGCUCCCUGGAGCUCCUUCUGGAGGAUGGACUUCUCCUCUCACAAAGUCGGCAAAGAAUCCUUUGUGUAAACGCGUUGAAGACAGCCCUGCAGGUUACGUCAGUUGACAUCUCGGGGUCUUUCACUGUCAACACUUGCAUCAUCCACUACCGUCACCAGGAGUUCUCCCAUUGGCUAAAUCUAUUUCCAUGGGAACAGCUAAUCCACAGGAAAGCAGCACAUAGAAAAAGUCCAUUAGAUUAUUUUCCCACCCUCCUUUUCUUCAGGCGCUUCCCUCACCUGGAUGCCCCUGUGAUGAUCACCUCCUCCGUGUCCAAUGUUAAUGUGUCUGUUCAGCUCGGAGACACGACGCCUUUUGCUCUAGGCUUUCUCUCUGCCAGUGCAGAACUGCAGCAUCUUCUUGACAGUAAAGUUGACCCAGAGAGCACAGAGACCCAGAAUGUGCACCGGCGUGCCUCACUGUCCCUGGACAACUUCUGGUGGAGAGUGGGUCAGGGGUCUCAUAUCCAACAAGCACCCCACCCUCCUGGUAAACAUGUGUGGGGUGAAGCACUAAUUUUAGACACGCUCAGUCUUCAGGGGAGUCUAAUGCGACCCCACAUGGAGUCGAGUAGCCACCCUUCGAGUCUGAGUGUGAAAUCCAGUCUGAAAGGGCUUCAAGUGGAGCUCUCAGAGACCUGUGCACUGUGUCUGUCUCGCCUGCUGUCCCUCAUCUGUGUUCCUCGUGACACAGGGUCACAGCUGUCAGAUGUGGCCUCAGUGUCUCCCUCUAGUGACGAUACCGUCCAGCCCAUCCCCUCCUCACAGCAGCAGCUGCUGUUUAAACUGGACUGUUGUCUGGAGGAUGUUAAUGUGUUCACACUGUCUAAUCUAGCAGGAGCCGUGUCUUUGCGGAUGGACACUGUCGAAGUUCAGAGCUCUGCAAACAGCUCCACUGUGUCUCUUCAAGGUGUUAGCUUGUCAGCCAUCAAAGCACUCACAGAGAACAUGGAGUCAUGUUGCCCCGCCUCGCAGACCCCCAGCCCUGUGCUCAAACUCACCACGAUAGCCUUUUCUUACUUCAUCACCACCCAAACCUUACAGGUUCAAUGUGAAGAGGAGCUCACUGUCGAAUGGACGCCACCAGACCACAUGGUCUUAUAUCAGCACAUGAGUGAAGCUCAGGCUUGUUGGCACAUGCUUCGCGGAGAGAAAGAAGACGACGACGGUCCAGUCAAACCUACAGAGAGUGAAGUCAUUUCAGGCCAGACUCGAGGGCUGCGUGUGAGUGUUGAACUGGGCUGCACUCGUUUGACAGCCCACGUGAGUGAGCAGAACUACAUUCUCCUGCACACAGAAGCCCUCACACUCUCCAAGCACACUGGGUCCAUGCACAUACGUUCUCCCUCCAUGAUCUUUAACUUUGAUGGCAACAACAUUGUGACCUUUAAAGAUCUAGAUGUGGAAACACACACAGAGCUGACUGAGAUGCAGCUGCACAGAGACACCUUCCCAUUUCUCACCACUCCUCACAACCGUGUCUGGGUCCUCACUUGCCCAUCUAUGGCUGUUGAGUUCCCCUACCAGUACAAUUUCUCAAACACCUUUGACAUGGCCAUUAGUGUGCAGAAGUGGCUGAAGACGCUUCAUCGUUCCACAAGCGAAGUCACCACAGUCCAACGCCUACCUCCUGACCUUGUGUUCAAAAUCAGCCAGUUCUCGUUUGUCUUCCUGGAUGACAUCUUUGAAAUCAAGCUGCGAGACAACUAUGAGCUAAUGAAGGAUGAGAGCAAGGAAAGUGCAAAACGUCUUCAGCUUCUGGAUAAGAAAGUGGCAGAUCUACGCAAGCAGCACGGAGAACUUCUUCCUGCCAGAAAGAUUGAAGAGCUGUAUAGUUCACUGGAGAAAAAGCACAUUGAGAUCUACAUCCAGCGAUCACGCCGCCUCUAUGCCAACACACCCAUGAGGAAGUCUCUGCUGACCUGGACUGUGUCAGACUUGGAGCUAGUAGCCCUGGCUGAUCAGUCUCUCCAUGGGCCAGAGAAGGUGAGAGAGCAGCUGAGGGACAUUGACAGGAUCAGUCCUUUCCCCAGAGAUGGACUCCCUCUGGUGGUCCAGUGGUGCCGUGCUGUCAAGUUUAAACUGGCUGCAUUUUUGGUGAGAAUUAGGGAUUACCCUCGCUACCUGUUUGAGAUCCGGGACUGGGAUCUGUCAGGACGUCUCAUUGGGACGGAGCAGGAUGGACAGGCCAGGGCUCACCGCAAAGAGACUGUCCCACUUGGUCCGCCAUGGGGAGACGUGACGGUCCACAGGAAUAUGCCACCACUCAAGUUCUACUAUGAUUUCAAAUCGAACAUCUCUCUGUACACUAUUGUGUGGGGGCCAUGUUGGGACCCUGCUUGGACUUUGAUUGGCCAGUCUGUUGACCUGCUGACCAAACCCACAGUUGAUCCCUCGCCUCCUCUGGCCUGGUGGGACAAAAGUCGUCUCCUUCUGCAUGGGCGCUGGGUUAUGGACAUUGACCAGGCCAAUCUUCAUCAGCUGGCUACAGAGGAUCCUUACAACACUACAGAAAACCUUCACUGGGAGUGGAGUAAGCUGAACUUUGACUGGAACCCCGGCCAGUUUGUUUUUAAAGGAGAUUUGGACGUAAAUGUCAGAACAGCAUCAAAGUAUGAUGACAUCUGUUUUCUACACCUGCCUAACCUGUGUAUGACCCUUGACCUCCAAUGGCUCUGCCAUGGCAACCCCCAUGACCACCAUGCUGUGAUGCUCUGCUGUGCGGAGAACGUUGCAGAUGUGACCUCAGGACAACCUCAUGACUCCUACAGAGCCUUUCGCUCUGAAAACCUCAAUCUCUCCAUCACCAUGGACCUUAACCAGCACUGUGGCACAGAACCCUACCAGCCCAGAAUCCUGCUGUACAGCAGCACUCUGCGCUGGAUGCAGAACUUUUGGGCCACAUGGACGGGUGUAUCUCGACCUAUCUGCAGAGGCAAGCUCUUCCACAGCCUCAGGCCUAUCCGCAAGAAGCUGGGUCAACACUACAAACAGAUGUCCUACACAGCUGCCUUCCCACAACUACAAGUGCAUUACUGGGCCUCCUUUGCCCAGCAGAGAGGUAUUCAAGUGGAAUGCAACAAAGGCCACGUCUUUACUCGAGGGGCACAGAGACUUAUUCCACAGGCUGGCACUGUGAUGAGGAGGCUGAUCUCCGAAUGGAAUGUGACUCAGAUGGUUAGUGAGCUAUCCCAGGUGACCGUUCACCUGAUGGCCUCCACCUGGGACGAGACAGCAGAUCACCAGAUCAACGCUCAGGUGAAGAAGACUCACCUGCUCAGCCUGUCCUCCCUGAGCUACCAGAGACAGAGUAACCGCAUGGAGGAGGAGGUGAACCAGAAAGAUGAGACUAACGCCUCUUACACUCACAAGCUCCGCCUAGUGGACCUGCGUGCUUCCUGGACCACCACUAACAGGAACAUAGCCUUUGGGCUGUAUGACGGUUAUAAAAAGGCGUCUGUGCUGAAGAGAAACCUCUCCACUGAAGCUUUGAAGGGUCUGAGGAUCGACACACAGCUGCAGACCAAAAAGCUCAAACGUUCUCCCUCCAACUACUCUCCCACCACAGCCCCGACCACACCAGUUGUGCCCACCGUCAGUCGAGUAGAAAAAAGUCAAAAUGAAGGAACCUCGAUGCUCCAGAAACUGAUUGAAGAAACAGACAAGUUUGUGGUGUUUUCAGAGGAGGACUCAGGUGUCAGCGACCAGCUGUGUGGCAUCGCAGCCUGUCAGACUGAUGAUGUCUAUAACCGCAACUGGUUUAUCGAGUUGGUCAACUGUCAGAUGAUGUUGCGCGGCACAGAGACUGCAGGCUGUGUGCUAGUGUCUGCAGCAAAGGCUCAGCUGCUUCAAUGUGAGCACCAUCCAGCCUGGUACAACGACACCCUGAAGCAGAAAACCACCUGGACCUGUCUGCUGGAUGGCAUGCAGUACUUUGCCACCAUGGAGCCCAACCCGUCUGAGCAAGAGGACAGACAGUUGUGGCUGGAGGUGAAAAACAUAGAGGAGCACAGGCAGCGUAACCUCGACUCAGUGCUGGAGCUGAUGGAGAGUGGCCAGGCUGUGGGAGGAAUGGUUAGCACCACAACAGACUGGAACCAGCCAGCUCAGGUGAACGAGACUCAGCAGGUUCAGCGAAUCAUCUCACGGUGUAGCUGCAGGAUGCAUUACAUCAGUUACAGUCACGACAUCAACCCAGAGCUGGCAACACAAAUCAAACCACCGGAGCUAAGGAAUAACCAUGAGAAGGAGGACCUGCUGAAAAAACAGGCUGGGGCUGUGGACACCUUCACCCUCAUUCACCACGAUCUUGAGAUAUCCACUAACCCUGUUCAGUACGCUAUGAUCCUGGACAUAGUCAACAACCUGUUGCUGCACGUGGAGCCCAGACGCAAGGAGCAUAGUGAGAAAAAGCAGCGUGUGCGCUUCCAGCUGGAAAUUUCCAGUAACCCCGAGGAACAGCGCAGCAGCAUCCUGCACCUCCAGGAGGCGGUCAGGCAGCACCUUGCCCUGAUUAGACGCCUUGAGAAACAGAUUUAUUCCAACAUCAGGGCACAACCUGAGGAACUGAGCGGAGAUGAACUGAUGGAGAUCAACACAAGACUGCAGAACCAGCUAAACCAGGAGAAGAACGACAUGCAGAUGAAGAGUGAAGAGCUCAACAUUCUCAUCAGGUGUUUUAAGGACUUCCAGCUGCAACGGGCAAACAAGCUGGAGCUGCGAAAGCCCCCAGAGGAUGUGAGCGUGGUGAGGAGAACAGAGAUCUACUUUGCCCAGGCCCGCUGGUGUUUGACCGAAGAGGACGGCCAGCUUGGCAUCGCUGAGUUGGAGCUGCAGAGAUUUAUGUACAGUAAGCUUAACAAGUCUGACGACACAGCAGAGCAUCUUCUUGAGCUGGGGUGGUUCACAAUGAACAACCUGCUGCCUAAUGCAGCAUACAAGGUAGUACUUCGUCCUCAGAGCAACUGCCAGUCAGGACGUCAAUUUGCUUUGCGCAUCUUCAGUAAAGUGCGCCCCCCAGUGGGAGGAAUCUCUGUGAAGGAACACUUUGAGGUGAACGUGGUGCCUCUCACCAUCCAGCUGAUGUACCAGUUCUUCAAAAGGAUGAUGGGAUUUUUCUUCCCAGGAAGAAAUGUUGAAGAGGAGGAGGUCACUGAUGAGGAAGACAAGUUCAGAUUGGUUACCACAGGUAUCCCUGUCAAGCCUCGGCAGUCAUCAGAGGACACCAUGGGUGCUAUGGGCCCCAGCAAAGGUGUCGCCCAGGGACUGAACCGCACUGCGGGGGUCAGGAGGUCAUUCAGGAAACCUCCAGAGCAUCCUGUUGAUGAUAUUGAUAAGAUGAAGGAGCGAGCUGCUAUGAACAACUCCUUCAUCUACAUCAAGAUUCCCCAAGUGCCCCUCUGUGUCAGCUACAAGGGGGAGAAGAGUAGUGUGGACUGGAAGGACCUGAACUUGGUUCUGCCUUGUUUGGAGUACCACAACAACACCUGGACGUGGCUUGACUUUGCCAUGGCUGUGAAAAGGGACAGCCGGAAAGCUCUUGUAGCACAGAUGAUAAAGGAGAAGCUGCGUCUUAAGCCGGCCUCAGGCUCAGACCUGCGGGGGAAGGCAUCUGAAGGGAAGUCGGACAACAGCCUGCAGCAGCAGGAGGAAGAUGAGAAGGCUCGGCUCCUCAUCGGCCUCAGCACCGCAGACAAGAGCUCCAGCAAGAAGAGCAUCUUCAGUCGACGCAAGUGAAGCAACAAACACUCACACAUUCAAGGCAGAGCUCGACAGCUCUGCAGCGGCUGCCGCACUCCCCUCGGCAUGAGGAUCAGGGAAAAACUGCCUCGCAGGGGUCAGAAUAUCAGUCUGUCUUUGCGAAUCUCAAUGAAAAAGGGAGACGGUCGAGCAUUUCUAAUAGUUUAUGGGGGAUACCUUACUGUAUCAUGAGCCUGCUGAACUUUUUUGUUGUGUCUCAGAUUUGAGUUUAUGGCCAAAAUCCAUGCAGGGUAACUGGAACAGCUCCAGGAUUUAGAAGGGUGCCAUUUUGACCAAAUAUAUAUUGUUUAUUUGUGUGCCAUUACAAUUUCACUCUGCAUUUCACAUACAGAAUGAUGACCACUUAUGUUGCAUUGAAUGUAGCGAGGAAGAUUUACAGUGCGUAGCUAGCACUUCACUGUUAGUUUCCUCUGCUUCUAUAAAUGCAAGACUGAGAGCACCUUCUCCUGCUGGCUCAGGACCACUGUAUGUCGCUAGAAUAAAUAGGACUCGACUGGAAGCACCUUCAAUGCUGUCAGCUGUAAGAAGAUUUUUGCCAUAAAUAAAUAUAUCAGUAUAUGUUUUAUCAAUUAAAGAAAAAUGGCUGUAUGAGUGUCACUCUGACAGGAAAGCCUUUUCACACACAUGACCACAGAAGAUUUUUUAUUUUGUCUUUAAAUGUUUGUGCACCCCUCAGCUAGCUGUGUGACUGUACCUCACCCCAGUGCAAUAUAUAUCGAAAACAGAGCAGCAAAAACAGUUUAUGUGUUGUUUAAUGUCGCACUUGGUUUGAUGGUAUUGUGGCAAAGAAAAAAAAGAAAAUAUGUUGCAGCUAACUGCUGAGUGUAUGUUUUGUAAAUUUUAUUACUAAAGCACUUUUUUAUGCAAAGUAUUUUGAUAUUUUUGUAACCACGGUUGUUUUCUGUUGAAUUACCUGUAUAACCGUGCUGCUUAUUUCUGUCACAUUUUUAUUCUAAGAAGAAGAAGAAGAUGCCCCCCCGAACAUUUCAAUUAAACGGUUCAUAUCGCAAAAGCAGAUGUAUUCACAUUUCUAUCAGCUCUGUGGCUUUUUUGUUUAUCUGUCAAUAAAAAGUGUUAUAGUCUCUCA